AUGAACAUCUUCACUAAAGUCACAGGAUUAGCCCAACAAACCAGCAAGCUGGGGUCUGUACUCCAACGUGCCUUCUACGGGUCCAGUGGGAGGGUGACUCUUUUCGAGCAGAGGAACUUCGCCGGCAGGCGUUUGGACCUCAGCUCUGACUGUGCCAGGCUCAGUGACAAGAGCUUCCCAGAGAGAUGUAACUCUGUGCAGGUGGAGAGCGGAGCAUGGAUCGGCUACGAGCAUGAGAACUUCCGCGGCCGUCAGUACCUGUGGGACAUGUCCGAGAGGGGAGAGUACAACUGCUACGACAAGUGGUCCGCCCAGGUGGACCACGUCUCCUCUGUCCGUGCUGUCAAACAGGACAACAAUCCUGGCAAGGCUCAUCUGUUUGAGCGUGCCGGUUUCUCCGGUAAGAAGAUGGAGAUCCAGGAUGACAUCCCCAACCUGAUGAGCCGCUACAGCCUCAACAGGGUCGCCUCCAUCCGUGUGCUCGGAGGAGCUUGGGUGUGUUAUCAGGAGCCCAACUACAGAGGGCCUCACUACAUCCUGGAGAAGCGCGACUACAACAACUUCUCCGACUGGGGCAGCCAGAACAGCACCGUGGGCUCCAUGCGCAGAGUCCGCUUCACCUGAACACCUGACCCGAGUCCUGCCCACGGGACUCCUUAAGUCAAUAUGAAACCUGUCGGCUUCUCACACACGAACCUAUUUUAGUAAUAAACUGGUUAAAAAAAAAAGUUUGCAUUUUCUGUUGUUUUAAAAUAGAUUUUAUUUUCAUUUAAAGGUUUAAUAAUUUUGAAAUGGUUGCAAAUAAAUAUAAAUGUUAGUGGGGAUUCACUCAAACACAUUCAUACAGAAAUAUUAGUUACUAAACGAAAACCUGAUGGAUUAACAAAUCCAUACAUCAGCCAGCUGUCAUUAUGAAUCAAGUACAAAAAUGAAAAUACAACCUCAGCCAUUUAAAACCUCUUUAGAUUAAAAAAAUACUGGUAUAUCCAACAUUCUACAACGCAACACAUACUAAAAAAAAAAAAAAAA